GUGAUAUUAAUGAUUUGCUAUAAAUAAAAUUCAUUUUGUUUUAAUUUAAAUGUAUAGCAAAUUAAUAAACUUUUUGAAAUAAAAACAAUGAAUCUGAGAUAUUUAUAUGCAUUGAUUGCAUUGGAAGGGGUGGUUAUGAUCGGGGAACUGGUGGCCAGUCAACUGACACAUUCACUCAUUAUCCUCACCGAUGGUUAUCAUACACUUUACAAUAUUUUAAGUAUUGUUUUGUUAAUAAUUAGUUAUAAAAUGUCAAACGAGAAAACUGUGAAAAACACAUUUGGUUGGGCACGCAUUGAAGUACUGGGAAUGUUAGUUAAUAUGACAUUCCUCGUGGCCCUCACUUUCUCAUUAGUCGUGGAGGGUAUCCAACAGUUGGUUCAUUCAUCUCAUGAAAUCAGUGGACCCACUAAUUAUUAUUUAUUAUUUGCAUUUGGAUUCAUUAGUUUCAUAUCUAAUCUUUUAUAUUUCAAUAUAGUUAGCGACACUAUUUCAUCUAAAAACAAACAAAGAGCUAUAAGUUUGAGUCUAAAACCACAAGAAAAUAUUGUAUUUAACAAUAUAUUGAGUCUUAACAUCGAUAGUCCAGCAGUUAAUAACACACAAAGUCAUUCAAACGAUGUUUCCGAUACAUUGUUAGCACAACAACCAGAAAAAGAAACAUUACAAUCUAUAACAACAAAACAUGAAAAUAGUGAACAAAAUGUAUUUUAUCUGAUGUUCAGAGAUCUGAUGGGUUCAGUGCUCGUCAUUCUGUGCGCUGUAUUUGUCUUACACACCGAUGGAUGGAUGGCUUAUCUUUGGGAUCCGAUCUUUGGUAUAAUAGCUGCUCUUGUCUUCUGUUUGUCAUUAUAUCCGGAAAUUAAAAACACCAUGUACAUAUUGCUAGAAACAGUUCCUGAAAAUAUUGAUGUGGAACAAUUAAAAAAUGAUAUACUCAAAGAGUUUCCCAACAUUGUUAAUGUUCAUGACUUACAUAUAUGGGGACUGACCUCAUCUCAAAUAAUAGGGUCGUGUCAUAUAAUACUACCAAAGCAGUCAUCCAAAGAAUUCAAACAAUUUUCCCAAUUGAUGGACAAGUUUUUCAAGAAACAGGGCAUCCGUUUGGUGACAGUUCAGCCAGAAUUUCAUGAACUCAAUGAACUCAAUAUUACCUCACUUUCUUCACUCACUUGUCGUCUGACCUGUUGUUUGACAGAUAAGGACAAAAUCAAUGAUAAUGAUCACAAUUGUCUACCAAUUGAUAAUAUACAUAAUAAAGUUUAA